GGUGGUCGUUGAUUCUUCAACUCUGUCGUUCACGAGCGCUUCCAAUUGCCAAAUCUCCUCUUAGAUCUGCGUAUACGAUGCAGUUGAAUGACUGGGCGCUUACGAGGUUGUAGGCUCGCAUCUGCACUUCAUCCGUGGAGAACUCCAUCGAGACGUUGGGCUGGAACUCUUCCGCAAUGAGCGCGGUAAACCCAGCGUCUGAGAUAUGUCCCCUCGAGCAGGAGUUCGACUCCUUCAUCAGCACCCGGAAAUCACCGUACCGCGCCAAGCUUUUCCAACACCGAUGCGUGAAGGAGGUCAUCGCACGACUCCAUCCCUCCAGGAUACCCUCAUACCCCCUCAACGAGCAGGGCGCACAGGCUAUCUCCGAGGCCCUGCAGGCUUGGAGAAUAUACAGCCUCCUCUCCGCUUGCCUGUUCAACAGCGACAAGGAGUUCCGCACCGAGUACCUCGCCCAUCUCCCUCACGCAUGGCAGUGGGCACUCUUCCUCCUUCCGGGAGAGGGAAACGUGAAGGACCUGCGCGGCCUGGACUUUCAGACGCCGAGCUUUCCUCUGCGUCCCGAUGGUACGGUCGCGGCGACGGUGUACAUGCGCUAUAGGAUGCUGCUCCUCGCACUGGUGGCUCUGCUGGACGAUCCGGCGAGGCUCCCGGCGUGCCAGAGGCUGCCGCGCUUCGGAGAGGUCUUCCUGGCGUUGGCGACGUACGAGUGGCCGCGCCCAAGGAACGACGAUCUCGCGGCGCUCAUCCACGACCUGAUGCGGACGCUCAGAGCCGGCACGACGCGCAAGGGUGACUUUAGCAAGCAGUUCAUGCACGAUCUGCGCGCAAACGUGGAAAAGCACCCCGGCGUUCUCCUCCGUGUCGUGUUCGAGCGCUUUCCGUGGCUGCUCGACCCUGGAAAUGACGAGCUCAGCGACGAUGAUAGGAACCUGUACGCGGAGCACUAUGGCAUUGUGAUCGUUCAGCUCCUUGCCUCGCUUCAUGACCCUAUCCUCAACGGCUUCCGGGAUAACGGCGGGGCGAAAACUCUCGUCAAGGCGCUUCUGCGAGCUAUCCCUUACGCCCCGACGCGGGAGGUAUUGGUGGAAAAGGCUCAGGCGUCCAUCACGCGCCUCAUCAUCCACCUCACCAUGAGGGUCCUGGAUGAAAUCUUCGCGUUUCGCGAGGCCGACGACGCGGUGGCGGACGCCGUCGACGCAGGCUUGAUUAUUGUCAUUGACAGAUUGCGCCGCCUUCUGAGUGCUGAGGUCCUCGACGAGGAGGAGCAGAAGGGCGCACGCAGUAGCGUGGAACACUGGCUCGAUGACGUGCUCACCCCGACGAUGGUCAGGCUCGAUGUCCUGCGCGCACUCACGAGAAGGAACUAUGGCAUUUUCCUUAGCGAGAUGCGCAAGGAGGCGGAGGCGACCUGGCCCGCCCUCAGAGACGCCGCGGAGCGCUACGCCAGCCUCUUCCCGCGGAUGUUGAUGUUCAAGGCUCGCUUGAAGGCGUUGCGGAGCCGAGGCUGUUCGAACGCCGAAUGUCAACAUGCUCAGGCUGGCAUAACGCAGAAGACUCACCUGAAGAUAUGCAGCUGCGCGACAGCGAUGUAUUGUUCUGCUGAGUGCCAGAAAGUACAUUGGCGCUCGGGACAACACCGAGGAGCUUGUUCGAACGAGGCCAGCAGGCUCAGGCUCACCACCCAACCGCUCAAAGAUCCAGGUGGCGAUCCUAUCAUCACUUCCAUCCGGCCGCAUCUAAGAUACCUUGAGUAUCACUUCCUUCGAUUCUGCGCUUUGACAGAAAUUGCAUUGCUUUACGAGGCGGGGAAGAUGACGGACGGAGUGAAGUAUACGGUAGAAUUCCAGCAUUCCGAUAUCAUCAAGUCAUUCAGCACUGAAUUACCCUUUACCCUCGAGCCACAUACGAUCCUCGUGGAGCUGAAAGCGCACUGGGGCGCAGGUUUGGAAAUGUGCAUUGAUAUUCCAGACCCUGUCACCUUCUCGGAACUAGAGGACUUGAUACGGCUACGCAAGACUGUGCUAGGAAUGUAAUUUGAACUUCGCUGUUCGUCAUAACCGUUAGACGGUUCUGUGGUCGCGUGCCCUCACCGCGGUUGUAGAGAUCUGUGUAAAGGAUAGAAGUAUAGUGACGCGGAUAGUAUACACGACUACAAGGUAUGAUACACCGGGAG